AUGAUGAUCUAUGAUCUGUUACUGGCUAUACUGAUUUGGCGACCUGCUGCGGCUCAGUACUCACCUCGCCUUCCGAUCAAUAUUGUUGUCGGUCUUCCAAAAGAUGAGGGCCAUGUGUUCAAAAACCCGUUCAAGUUGACGCUUUCGAAAAGCCGGCCCGUGUUCGACGUGGCCGUCGAAGAUGUCUACGAGAAGUAUCAGCUGAUGCCAGCCGGAUCGCUGCGGGUCGUCUACGAGGACACCCAGCUGAGCGAUGCGAUCGCCCCGCAGCGAAUGGUGGAACACUACUGUAACAACUCAGUCGAUGCAGUCAUGGGCAUGGCCUACGUGUACGCCUUGGCCCCCGUGGCACGAAUGAGUGCCUUUUGGUACGGCGGUGUGCCAGUGUUCACCACCUCCGGCCUGGUAGAUGAGCUCGGCGAUAGGAAAGAGUUCCCGCUGCUCACUCGAAUGAUGGGCACCUACAGAACCCUCGGGAACCUCAUGUACGAGAUUCGCCCGGUUGCUCCGAUGGAAUCACUUCUACUUCAUCUUCAACGAUGA